AUGAAGGUUUGCCUCGCCAACAUCCUGAUCUAUUUGUCGCCUCUGGCUUGCAAGGCAAUCUUAGCGACUCCUGCGGGGCUCGGUGAACACGAUGCAGCGAGCAACGUAGGUCGCUUUCGUGAUCCUCACAGCAAUUCCGGAGCUUCGGGCGGCAACUUUGCCAUCUUCGAGUCGUCCCAUGCAGGCGAAAUAGUAGCUGGAUCGUCUUCCGGUUCCCUGGAAGGCCACCCAUCGAGCGCUAUGCAGGCUUCAGAUUCUGCAGCUCGGCCCGAGGAGAUCUCGUCAGCGCCUCCGCGGGAGUUGGACCAGGAGGACUUCGACUUUCUUGACUCCUUCGCCCACGACCUGGAUUCUGUCGGCAAAGAACAUACCUCCUCGGAGACUCGUGUUGGACUUCCAGCCCCUCCCACCACGUUCGAGUCACAGACCGCUGUGGUUUGGAAGCCGCUUGCGCACUGGAACGAGCAUCCUCCGGCAAUGAUGGACCCGAGAUCGAUCGAUUCUAGGGUCAUCAAGAAUGCCGGAAUCCGAGACUGGAUUGGCUGGCCAGGCCCCAAACUGCUUCCCCAACUAGGACUGUGGAGGCCCUUAGGCGAGCAUGGUGUCAGCGGUAUUCUCUCUUUUGAGGAGAGCGAGGAGCCGCGCGACCGCAUCAACGCGGCCCUUUUCGCGAAUAAGCUCAAGUGGGUGGAUUACGACAAAGUCUGGACCAGACUUCCUAGACGGUGGCAUAACAGAAUGCCAAUCCAUCGCCUCAACCAACGACUGCCGUUCGUCUACUCCAGGCCUUCCGACGGGAAGCAGCUGAGGGUGUAUAUGAUCGAAAGCAAUCUGCAGAGGAAGGCAAGUAGCGUGCUCCACGGGACUCCUCUCGAAAGCGCACCUCUGUACACGUUUUGGAGCAUUCCACAACACGCCUCAGGCAAAGUCGACGUGUCGCUUCUCGGAGUGGGCUAUCUGAAUCUUGCAGAUAACGAGGCGGUAGACGAACGAGUGCGUGCCGUGCUCGAUGUCGCACAACAUUUUCCUCACAUCCCGAUGUAG